AUUACCAACACAAAGGUGUCGUGUGCGAAUAAAUUCUUUUACGCCAACCGGUGACAGAGAAACCACAAAGCAGGAGCAGAAUUAACGUGGCAGCCUCGGUUUUUUUGCACCACAGGCCGGACUGUGUACUCUUAAUUAUACGCUUCUAUCAAGCUUGUGAUGAGGCAGCGAGCCGUGAAAGCCGCGUGGCGCUUCGCGUUCGGCGUGUGCCUUUUCCUGGCCUCGUCGAGCGUGCACUCGGCCUCGACGCCGGCGCCGCCCAACCCUUCAACGUCAGCGCCGCACCACCAUUCGACGUCGGCGCCGCAACACCAUUCAACGUCGGCGCCACGCCACCAUUCGACGCCGGCAGUGCAUCACCACUCGACGUCGGUGCCGCCGCAAGUUCUCGUCGCCGCGGCGACGACGACCGGAAGCCGCGACAACUGCACUCCGCCGGCCAUCGAGCAGUUUCCCCGGCCGAUGAUGAGCGUCGAGACGAGGCGCUCGGGAGGAAUCAUCGUGCACGUGCUCGUUGCCGUCUACACCUUCGUCGGACUGGCCAUCGUGUGCGACGACUACUUCGUCGCCUCGCUCGACCGCAUCUGCGAAGAACUGAAACUAUCGCCCGAUGUGGCUGGAGCCACUUUCAUGGCUGCUGGUUCGUCGGCGCCCGAGUUGGCCACCGUGGUUAUCGGCGUAUUUUUUGCCAAGGACGACAUCGGGGUGAGUGGAGUGAUUGGCUCGGCAGUGUUCAACAUAAUGUUCGUCAUCAGCGUGUGCGCCCUGUGUUCGGGCACCGUGUCCUACCUCAACUGGUGGCCUCUGGUCCGCGACUGCUUUUUCUACAUGGUCAGCAUUCUGGUCAUGCUCUACGUCAUUUACGAUGAGACUAUCACCUGGAGCGAGUCUCUACUCAUGCUGUUCAUGUACUCGGUCUACUGCGUCGCCUUGAGGUUCAACACACAGCUGGAGCAGUGGGCACAGACCCUUCCAAUCCCCUGCAAGUCCGAGGUUGCCCACCAGGGACCUCCGAAAAUUCCGCAGGAGUCAUCAGGGCUUGCGGACGGACAGCGACCGAUUAGCUACACAGACGAAAAGACGAUGGAAACUGCCUUUGGAGACCAAGAACAAGGACAGCAAACGGAUGGAGUUAUCCAGCAGCAGCAGCAAAAGGAUUACUACCAUAAAGCGCCUCAUGCCGAUUACGUGGAGACCGACCCGUUUGUGAUUCCGGAGGGUCAGAUGAAUCGCUGCUUGUGGGCAAUCACGCUGCCAAUCCACGCCCUGUGCAAGGCGACCACCCCCGACUGCAGGAAAGAGAAGCACAAGGACAAGUACGGCAUCACCUUCAUGAUGUCCAUGGUGUGGAUUUCCUUCUUCUCGUACAUCAUGGUCUGGAUGAUCACAAUAAUUGGAUAUACAAUGGGAAUCCCUGACACGGUCAUGGGUCUGACGUUUGUGGCUGCCGGAGUCAGUGUUCCAGACGCUCUCUCCAGCUUGGCCGUCGUGAAAGAAGGAUAUGGUGACAUGGCGGUGUCCAACGCAGUGGGCAGCAAUGUUUUCGACAUUCUCAUCUGUCUGGGUCUGCCGUGGUUCCUGAAAACUGCCAUAAUUAGUCCUGGCAGCACAGUCACCGUACUUAGCAAAGGUCUGACCUACUCGACCCUGUCCCUGUUGUCGACAGUCGCAUUCCUGAUAAUCGCGACGCACAUGAACGGCUGGAAGCUGGACCGCAAGUACGGCUGGAUCCUGAUGGCGUGGUACUUGUUCUUCAUCGUGUUCGCCAGCCUGUACGAGCUAAACGUGUUUGGCUACAUGAACCCGCCCGAAUGCGCCAGCAGCUACUAAUCCAUAUCAGCAGUUGACAAAUAAUUUCCCCCAAACGACCUUCAUAGUAGUCACACAGAAAAAGCAGCGAAUGAAUGCGGAGGCGAGCAGCGAAAAUGAGAUCCAAGGCAACUUUUUGUUCCUUUUCGGCAACAAAAAUCCAAAAAUAAGCGUAACUGUGAUUUUUAUUCUGCAAAACGAAAAAAGGGAAGGUGAAAAGUCGAACGAGGAAUGCAAAAAUGAGAUAAGCCGAUCUUUGAGUUUUGUCCCCGCCAAACUUGUUGGUGUCAAUUACUGUUCCCCGCCAAUUCAACGAAUAUCUAUCAAUUAUGUCAAAUGGUCGGUGUUCAUUGGACAAAUAACGGUUGUUGCACAAGUUGUUAUAUCUUACACACAACUCAUGUUAAAUGUGUGCGUGUCCAAAACUCUAAAAACGAUGAAGAAUUAAUUUCAUGAAUGGCGAAUUUUCUGUCCUUUGAGUAAAAGUUUUGAGCCUGUUCUGGAGGAAAUUAACUUGGUAUUUAAAUUAAAUAGGAUCUGCUUUUUACUUGCUUAAAAUUUUUCAAAUAGCUCAAAUUUGCUUGGAGUGCCAUUUAAAGUUGCGAAAAAAAUCAGCUCUAUAAUGCAGGAAAAAAUACAACAGUAAACAAAUAAUUACAUACAGGGCAACAAUUGAAAAUUAUUUGAAUUGUUGGAUCGAUAAUCAAUUUGUUCAGCAAUUUGCAAUAAUAAAAAGGACCUUCCUACAGUAAAAAUUCAAAUUUUGCCAAUUUUCCCCAAAAUUUACUGUGCUUGACCACAUUUUCUUGGCAUAUUUCGAUUCCUCUCGUCGAGAUCUGUCCAAUUGUGUCUGCCACUUAUUGGGGAAACUCUUGGUUUUGUAAUUAAAUCGGAUUUCAAGUAAGGAGACAGCCCUUUUCAUCUCCAGCCAAUUUUCUCAAAAAAUUACAGUGCUUCUUAGGCCAAUUUAGGCUUUAACUGAAUCCUAAGGAACGAGUUUAUGCAUUGGCAACAGGCAUUUCCCAGGAUUUUGCAGUAUCUUUCCUCUAUAAAAUAAACCCUCCUGCAGAAAUCACAAAGAUUUAUUUUUUUACUUUCAUUUUCCAGCGAAUGACACGAGGUUUAGCAUAUUUUUCUUCAAUCGUACCUUUCUUUCCCCAAAUAAAAAUUCAAAAGACAUAAAAUUCGCCAUUCGGAGGUCUUGAAAUCGAAAGUAUGCAACUGUGCGUGCCGGCGCGUCGUGCCAGUUGCAUAAGACGGGUGUGUUGUUGUCCACGAUGAUCGGUUGAACUGUCAAAUGUAAAAGAAUCGGGAAAGUCCUCGUUCCUUCUCAAAUGUCCUGCCACUGCGAAAUGUUUUGGAAAAGUAUUAAAUACAAAAAUUAUUUGUGCGAGGGGAACUUGAUCCGCUCGCCAUACAUAGGAGACAUAUAUACUAUGUACUUUUACCUGUAUAUAUACAUACAUAAAUUUGAGCCAUGUAUUUACACCGUUGGUAAAAUGUUAUAAGCGUUUAUGUGAUCAUAAGCAGGCACUGCGUUCAGUGGUUCUUGGCCAGCGUAUUUAUUAUUAUUAUUGUAUUGUAUACACGUUUCACAGUCAACAGGUAAAACUUCUUAGGUGUAUACAGCGUGCUAUUCUCAUAUUUAUCCGUUUUAAUUUAAUUUAUUGUAAAAGAACCGCCUUAAAUUCGGGAAAACAAUUAUUUGCAGUUUCUACAAUCAGAUAUAUUUUAAUUCUGAUAGUUUUCCCGCAUGAAGUGUCAAAUAUACGAAGAUCAAUUAAAUCAAAAUGAAAUUUGGACAAAAUUUUGGUAAACAUUUCUCAGCAACUACUGUUCUGCGUUUUGGAAAAUGUUUCGUAAAUAUCGUACCGCGUCUUGCAAGGUUCAAGACCCUCUCCAAAAUGUAAUGAGGUAAACAAGCGCAUUGUGAUUCAUUAUACUGGCAUUCCAUAUUUUUAAAUCGACAAAAUUUAUAAUUCAGACACAAGAUCAAAUCAUUUAGCAAACGUAUAUGUAUACACAUCUCAUUAUUCGUGCGACAAUAUUUUUAAUGUAGGUUCAGUUUCGAGAUUGGAUGGAUUUACCGCGUGCAUUUGUGAGCUUAGUUUUAGUCAGCAAUAUAAUUAAAAUUGCGGUCGGUGCAACGCAUGACAAUAAUAAAAUGAGCCUUAAUCACACAACUGUAUAUAUACAAGAUUAUUGUAAGAAUGUAGACAGGAAUUGGCCAUCAAAGAAACAAAAAAAUAUUCAGCUGCGGUUCAAAACAAAAGUAUAGCUUGGAUUUUAACGCAAUUUAUUCGUGCAAUUGAAUCAACUCUGGAGGCAAAAAGUAGAAA